UUAAGGUAAUUUAAAAUCUUUCUUUCUUGUUUUAGGAUGACAAAUGGGAAAAGAAAUGCCAGAAGAUUUUUUCAUUUGCUCACCAGACUAUCAGCGCCUUGAUCAAGGCAGAACUGGCAGAAUUGCCCUUAAGGCUGUUUCUUCAAGGGGCCUUAGCUGCUGGAGAAAUUGGUUUUGAAAAUCAUGAAACAGUAGCAUAUGAGUUUAUGUCCCAGGCCUUUUCUCUGUAUGAAGAUGAAAUCAGUGAUUCCAAAGCACAGCUCGCUGCCAUUACCUUGAUCAUUGGCACGUUUGAGAGGAUGAAGUGCUUCAGUGAAGAGAAUCAUGAACCCUUGAGGACUCAGUGUGCCCUUGCUGCAUCCAAACUUCUGAAGAAACCUGACCAGGGCCGGGCUGUGAGCACGUGUGCACAUCUCUUCUGGUCUGGCAGAAACACAGACAAAAAUGGGGAGGAGCUUCAUGGAGGGAAGAGAGUAAUGGAGUGCCUAAAAAAAGCACUAAAAAUAGCAAAUCAAUGCAUGGAUCCUUCUCUACAAGUGCAGCUUUUUAUAGAAAUCCUGAACAGAUACAUCUAUUUUUAUGAAAAGGAGAAUGAUGCGGUAACAAUUCAAGUUUUGAAUCAGCUAAUCCAGAAGAUUCGAGAAGACCUCCCGAAUCUUGAAUCCAGUGAAGAAACAGAACAGAUUAACAAACAUUUCCAUAACACUCUGGAGCAUUUGCGUCUGAGGCGGGAAUCACCAGAAUCUGAGGGGCCAAUCUAUGAAGGUCUCGUCCUCUAACCAGGAAACAGUCUCACAUACUCCUUUCCAUCUACAUCCAGUGCGGGUUUUAUUAUACUAGUUUCCUGUCCAUAGAUUGUGCCUUUCAGAAAUGCUGAGGUCGGUUUCCCUUUCUUACCUGUCAUGUGCUUUACCCAGCACCUCCAGACGCUCACCUGCAGGACCUUAAUAAAGUUUAUUCACUUCAUAAGUGUUCAGGUCUGUCUGACCGCCCUGAGUAGCAUGACUGAUCUGCUAUUUAAAAUUCCUGUGAUUUUUAAAAACAAAGAGAAAACACCCAUUUAUCUCAGCCACUAAUGAAGCUUUCCUUUUUUUCUGCUGUGUUUGUUUCCCCCCAUUGUUGACUGUGUAAUUUUUUCCAUUACUGGGGAGUACUAACCCAAAAGUGUCUUGUCUCUUUGUUCUCUAGUCCAACUUGAGAUUAAUUUAGAAGAAAGGAAUACUGUAUGUGGAAUUCACCUUGGACUUUUCUCUAAAUUCAAGAUGAGGCCAUAUAUAAUAUUCUCUUCAAAAGUAGAAUAUUUUAAUGCAUGUUUGAGACUUCUAAAGCACCGUGGUCGAAACCUGGAGCUAUAUUUUGCAUAUUUGUAUGCAGUGAUCCAUUAAGAACCUAUGUUGUCUCCUGGGCAUAUUUAUCAAAAUAAUUUUGUUCUAAAUAGUAGACAGUAGAAAAUUUGUGAUCUAUAUAAUUUAUGUAAGCUUUCAUUAUUGUAAAUUUAGGGGGAAAUGCAUCACACAGUUAUCAUGAUUUUUUUUUCCACCAGUGAAACAAUAAAGUCGCUAUUAACAGUU